AUGGUUCGCUGGGAGGACUACAACAUAACUAAGAAAGAUAAGGACUUCGUGAAUGACAUUCUGGAUUCUAAUGGACAGUAUGACACGUUUGCGAAUCUUCAUACGGGUGUCAGCGCGUCUGCCCGCGUUGGUCCCAAUGUUCUCGGGUGGCAUAGAGUAUAUCUAGUUUUGUACGGAAGAAGAAUAUUGUUCGAGGUAGCGAUGCGAAAAAUUGACAACACUGUUUCUCUUCCAUACUGGGAUUCAAGGCUUGAUUAUGCCAUGUCCGGUCCGGCAACUACAAUCUUGUUCUCAACGUAUUUUUUUGGAAACGGAUUCGGACUUGUCACCACGGGGCCGUUCGCGAACUGGGAUGCUGGGAGCUUUGGUAAGCUGCGCAGAAAUAUCGGUGGCGACAGUAAGCUUUUUAGCAGAGACGAUAUCAGAGCGGUCCUGAAACGUUGUAAGACUAGCGAAAUCACAUUUCCUACUGCCACACUUAAAACCGACUUUGAAUACUUCCACGGUGGCCCUCACAAUUGGGUUGGUGGACAGAUGAGUGGUCUAGAUUCAUCUUCGACUGCAUAUGGGAAAGGUUUUGCAUCCGCCAAUCAACUGAAUGUAAACCGAAGAUUAAUUCCGAGUUAG